UCCAUGAUCCAUAAUUUUGUUCUUUAUGGUAAACUUAUCUCUGUUUCACAUCAAAAUUUUCAACCAAAAACAAUCCAAUAAAAUAUACCUAGCUACGAUUUCAAAACUUCAUAAAUACUACAUCUUCCCAGCUCAAAAACACCUCUGAUCAUUUCUCAAUAUCAACAGAAAAUAAUGGGUGUUUUCACUUAUGAAUCCGAGAUUGUUACAGCAAUCCCACCAGCUAAAAUGUUUAAGGCUUGUAUCCUUGAUGGUGACACACUCAUUCCCCAGAUUCUUCCUCAGGCUUUUAAGAGUGUUGAGUACAUUGAAGGCAAUGGUGCGGCCGGUAGCAUCAAGAAGGUCACUUUUGGAGAAGGAAGCCAAUUCAAAUACAUGAAGCAGAAGGUUGAAGCAUUAGACAAAGACAAAUUUGUGUAUAUUUACAGUGUGAUCGAAGGUGAUGCAUUGAUGGAUAAGCUUGAGAAGAUCACUUACGAGACGAAGUUAGAGACCUCUCCAGAUGGGGGAUCAGUAUGCAAGACUACUAGUAAGUAUUACACCAUCGGUGAGUUUGAGCUCAAGGAAGAGGGAAUCAAGGCAGGCAAAGAAAAGGCAUUGGGAAUGUUCAAGGCCAUUGAAGCGUACCUGCUGGCAAAUCCUAACACCUAUUGAAAUGAUCCCAAUAUGGAGAUUGCAUGCAAUGAAUAUCGAAUAAUUCGCCUUUUUUUUCUUCUAGUUUUUUCAGUUUUGCAGCUAUGAACUUCAGAUUGCUAAUAAGAAGUUCAUAGUUUGCCCAGAUAACCAGAAGCUUGAACUGAAAUGUCAAACAUGAAAUGAAUAAAAGAGGAUCCGAUUUGUUUACUUAAUUAA